AUGACAACAGCUCCGAUCUCAAAUUCUAAAGUAUUUUUGAUCCGUUUCCUUUUUUCUAGAACAAAUCUUUUUUUCAGGUUUCAAUAGACAUUGAAAACGUUCCACUACUUAACAAUGGUUUUGAUUCCAGGCUUGCAUUUAAAUCAAAAGUGGUUUCAGAACAAAAAAGAGUUCCGAAAAAGGUGACAUGGUCUGGUAUUGUGGCGACUGUGCCACAGAAAAAGGGCGAACGGAAAACGGUCCUUCGAGAAGGUUUUUAUGAAUAGUUUAUUCACGAAAUGCUUGGAAAAUCAAGUACUCUGCAGGAAAAGUUCUGAUUGGCUAGAAACUUUUUUUCAACUUUUUUUCAACUUUUUGUUUGAUGAAUGCCUUUAUUACUGGGAAAAUAUUUAGUGGCCACUAUAGAGGCUCGCCAAGGACUACUUGGAGAAGACUUUGAAGUGGCCACUAAACCCACCUCUAUAGUGGACACUAAUUUCCGUUUUAGUGGCCACUUCAGUAGUUUUUCAUCCACUAUUCCUUCCAGUAACUCUGAUAAUUUUAAAACAAACAGAUUGGACCAGUUAUGUUGAUCCAUUGACCCCUAAAGUGGCCCCUAAAAUUUUUAGUGGUCUUGUAGUAGCACUUAGACCUUUAUGGUUAGGGGGCGCAAAGCCCCGCCCCUUCACGCCACCAAAAUGACGAUUUUUUUGUUGCAGAAACGGUUUUGAGGCGUUUAUACUAGCUAAAGCCCCACUUUAAAAAUGAACUGUUUCUGUUGAUCUAUGUAAUCGACAACGCUCUACAAGACUGAAAAAAAUUUUUUUAAACUAUGUAAUUUCCAAAAAUAAACGAAAAAGUAAGAUUUAACACGAAAAAAACUGACAAGUUUCACAAAAAUCGUCGCGUUUCUGAAAACCAAGUGAGGAACGCUUUCGAAUUUUGAGUAUGUUAUACAUUAACACUUUCUUUAUUUUUUUGAGUAAAAAAAUUUAAAAAAAUCUAACGACGCGAUCGAAGCUUGUAAAGUGACACCAAACUUUGAAGCUGAAAUGCGAAAAAAAUUUCAGCGACAUGGUAUACUUUUUUUAUUUGAUUUAAAAAAACUCACAAUGUGUUUAAAAAAAUAAAAAAAUUCAGAAUGAAAAAUAAUUAUUGGGACAGCGAAUCAAAUUAUAUUUGGAUUUUACCAAAACCUCCUUUUUUCGCCUGCCUCGUUGACGAAUGAGAGAAUAGGAUCGCGUCUAUACUUUGGAUUAUGUUAUUAAGCGUUCAAAACUCUAUCAAUGGGAAAAUUAUGAAAAAAAUCAAACGACGCGAAAAAAAUAACGGCUUUGAAAACCUCGAAAAAAUGGCAAUUUUUUUUGAAAUUUUGGAAGAAUUCGUGCAAGCGUUCGUAGCUGUGUUUGCGUCAAACACACCGAUGCGCACUUUUUAAAUGUUGCAGGAGCCGUUUUUUUGGAGUCAAAUUGCACAUUUUCCUGUUUUAUUUCGAAAUAACAUUACUUUUUCAUUUUUUUCUUUUUUUCAAACCAAAUGAUAAUAACUUUUUCUCAUUAGAAAAAAAGAAAAAAAUAAGCUGAAAAAUUCCUUCUGACCUUUUUUUCUAAGUAGUUUUUUUGAUAUUUUAUCAAAAAAAUUCUUAUGAGGAUUGUACAAAAGAUUCAUACCAAAAACAUGAAGCUCAGUUCGGACAACCUCUCAGAACAGAAAAACCGAUUUAAAAAAACGGUCCAGAAACGCGCAAAAACAUUUAAAAAGAAAGCGUGCGGCAGCGGGUAAACCGUGAGAUUUUGCCUCCAGUUGAACGCCGCGCGCGCUAGUUUUUUGGCCAUAACUUUUUUCUUAGUGGAGCUUUUUUCUAAAACUAAACGGAUUAUGAAAAUGGACAGUCUCCUCUAUCGAACAGUGUAAAAAACAUAUUUUUUGGAUCGUUUUGAAGAAAUGGCUUGCGGACCCUAUUUAUGGUGGCCACUAAUUUGACUACUAUAGUGGCCACUAAAACGUCAAAACCCUAUAGUGGCCACUAAAAAGUAUUGCCAUUUUUCGCGACUUGAAGGGCGGCACUUCUCUGCGCCCUCUUCGUCUCUGGACGUCUCUCUCAUGUUUACGUGCUAUUUCCAUAUUACUCUGACCUCGUCAGGGAGGGAACAGAGAGACGCCGACACGCGAAAACUGUCAAGUCGUGGUGAACUGACUAUACUCUACUUAGGAGAAUUUCGAAAUUAUUGAAACCUUUUCAGUAUCCGGCGUGGCCUAUCCAAGAGAAGUUCUGGCGAUGAUGGGCGGCAGCGGGGCAGGAAAGACGACUUUGAUGAACAUCCUGGCCCAUCUACCGACCAAAGGAGUCGAGUUCCAGGGCAACGUGUUCGUCAACGGCGCCGAGGUCGACCAGCGCGAGAUGCGGCAAAUUUCGGCCUACGUUCAGCAGCACGACAUGUUCUGCGGGACUUUGACCGUCCGAGAGCAGCUCGUCUACUCGGUUCGUCUUUCCAAAAGCCUUCCGGUAUUUUCCGCUGAAGGACAAUUUUCUAGUGUCUGCGUCUCUGUUCUUUCACCGGCUAGGUCAGAGAAAGAUGAAAACAGAAUGUUAAAAUCAGAGGGUAUACGAGAGACGAGGAGGGAGCAGAGAAGUCCUUUCAAGUCUGAGAAAUAAUUGGGUCAUUCAAUGAGAUAGCCUAAUAACUUGGUUCCCCUAGAAAGGCCACUUUUGCAAGCUCUUGCAGCAUGUGAAGUGGUCCCUAGAGAGUACUGUCAAGUGCCCCUAUGAUUGUCCCUCUACUAACCACUCUGGCGUUUUUUUUUGCCGGUAACUUCCGGUCUUUUCCAGGCAAUGAUGCGGAUGCCUUCCGAAGUUCCGAGGGCGACAAAAAUCGAAACAGUCGCGAACUUGAUCACGGAGAUGAACCUGACCGAUUGUCAAGACACGUUGAUUGGCAUUCCCGGUCGGCUGAAAGGAAUCUCAAUCGGCGAGAAGAAACGGCUGGCCUUUGCUUGCGAGGUAUUAUCUAUUCAAAUUCAGCGCAACAGGUUGCGUGCCUGUCUACGGAUCAAAGGGUCACAAGUUCGAUCCCCGUCGCGACAUAAAAAAUUUUUUUGUAGCGUGAAACCACAAAAAUCGAUUUGCUCAAAAUAUAAAAAUAUAUGGUCGCAUUUGGAAUGGCUAGAAUGCAGAGCGUCCAUUUUAAAGUAUACACCGAACUGAAUCACCACCGCGUCUCUUUGAGCCAUUCCCAACGCGGCCACGCUGUUUUUUCUGACUCAUUUUUUGUGAAUUGUUCAUUUCUAGGUUGAUUUUCUGAUCAUAGUAGUUUUAUUGAAGCUACUCACGGACCCGGAUGUCAUCUUCUGUGAUGAGCCAACCAGCGGCCUCGACGCCUUCAUGGCUUCCCAAGUCGUCCAGGCGCUUCUGAAUCAGGCCGCCAAGGGGAAAGCCAUCAUCACCGUACUCCACCAGCCCAGCAGCAUCGUCUUCAAAAUGUUCCACAAGUAGAUUUUCAGAAAAUCAAGCUAAAGUUAGCAAAAGAAAAAAGCUCCUUUCUUGAUCUUUCUGUGCUCUCUUCUCUAUAGUCAAUGUUUCUCGACUUGAAAGCGGAGAGAGGCGGGGCAAUGGGCGGGACGCGUAGCGUGUGCGUACGCGGCUCUUGGCACGAACUCAAUUCAAUCGCCCCCGACUAUUCAAAAAGCUCGGCGACUGCUCUUUUUUAACGUGUUCUACUAUUUUUUGAGGCACACAUGAAACUAAUCAAUAAAUAAUUGAUAGAGGAAUAAAAUGAGCGGAAAACGGGCUUUCCAAAGAGUCGCUGGCGGUUGAAUUGAACUCGUGCCAAAAAUCGCGAGCGCACACGCUACGCGUCCCGCCCCCUGCCCCGCCUCCUUCGCCUUUCAAGUCGGGAAACAUUGACCAUAUCUAUUUCUAUGAUUUUUACAUCACAGGUUAGAGAGAAGAGGGUACAGACAUGUCAGAAAUUCUCAAGUCGGGACGUGUAAAGCAUAUCGCCCCUUAGAACUUUCACUGAAGAAAAUUAGGUACGGUUUUUUUUAGGUUGCUAAUCGUUUCAAGACCAUUUCCUCCAAAUUUCUAUAAUCAAUCUUUAAGUUUACAUUGACUUGUAUGUUGAAAAACUUUAAAAAGUGAUCUUUUCAGGGUCUGCUUCAUGGCGAAUGGAAAAACGGCUUAUCAUGGCCCCGUCGACCAACUCUGCCCCUUUUUGAACAGCUUGGGCCCAGAACUUAGGGUUCCAGAGAAUUAUAAUCCAGCCGAUUUUGUAAUCGCAAAAUUGUCAAUGCUGCCGGAAACACAGGAGAAGGAUCGGAAGAGAAUCGAGGUUUUUUUGAAAUAAAAUAUUCAGAAGUCAUGAUAAUUCGAUGUUCAAACUGUGAUAUUCUUACGAAAUCUUGACCUUAGGAACGCCAAAGUGAUCCCUGUAGGGGUAAGGGGUAAAUUAGGAGAAAAAGUUUCUCUUUAGGUGUUAAAUUUGAGUGGUCCUUAUAUGGUUUAGAGUCCUUUUUUCAUCCAAAUGACGCUAAUUUAGUGAGUCUUUUGUUCUCAAAUCAAAUCGACCAGCAUGUCCCCUAUAGAGGCCGCUUACUUAAACCGCUAUAGGGCCACUUUUGCGAGAUUGGGAAAAAAUUUCUAAUAUAAUCUCUUAUUCUUUUUAAAAAAAUAUGACUUGACGUUUUGAAGUUUGGAUAAUCUAGGGAGAAUAUGCGCAAUUACAUUGAGCCAUUCCAAAUGCGGCCACGGUACUUUUUAAUCGAAGUUAGUUAGCUAUCCCCUAUUAAAUACUAAAAAUCGAAUCGAAUUUGUAGUCUACAGAUUUUUUUCUGAAAAAAAUGCGUUUUCAGACGAUGACAAAAAGCUUAUGAAGACAGCGAAGUGGGACGGAAAACUUUCUCGGCCGCAAAUAAAUUCGGAAGUUCUUCGAGAAGCCAAAAACUCGAAGAGAAAGUCAAACUGUUGAGUUUUAAGAAAAAGUAUAAUAAUAAAUGAAUAUUCAAGUGGCUACGCUUCAACAUUCCUCAUGCAAUUCUGGAUCCUUCUCCUGCGAUCCUUCAAAACGACGAUCCGAGAUCCGAUGCUCCUGAAAGUCCGAUUCAUUCAAAUUGUGGUAAGUGGGGCAGUGGAUGGCCUUUUGAACGAUGUCCGAAGGGUCACUGGUUCGGAUCCAGAAGGGGAAGAAAAUUUGCCGGCUCGAUUGGUUGGAAAAAAAUUUUUCGCUUUUCAUAAAUCAUUUGAAGCAUCUUUUUCCUUAGGGACAAAGUGAUUUUUCAAUCUUUUUUUCGAUUAUUAAUCAGAAUUUUUGGCUCGAAACAGCAAAAGCGGGAGAUAAUGGCGGCCUGAAGAGACGCCAGAGAAGCGGUAGCACUCUCGUUUCUCUCUCGUCUCUUCAUAGGGUUGUUAUCUCUAACUUUUUCUCAUUUUUUUUCCGUUUCAUUUUCGAAUCAACUGAAGAUUCAUAUAGGUAGUAGAGCAAGGGAUCCUGAAGGCUUGAAGAGACGCCAGAGAAUUAAAGAUUUUUUUUCUCUGCCGUCUCUUCAGAAGUGGUGUAUCUAUCGUCACACCAAUUUAAAAUUGAAAAAAGAGAUAUUUCUGAAAAAAAAGUCUUCCCAGAUAACCGCGUUCGUCAUCGGCCUGGUCAACUUUCGGACCCAAAUCUCUGGACCUACUAUUCAAAAUUUGGAAGGCGUCAUGUACAAUUGCGCCCGUGAUAUGACAUUUCUAUUCUACUUUCCUUCUGUCAAUGUGCGUCAUUGAAACAGUCUGACCUGUCUGCACUCUCUUUUCUCUCGCCGGCGAGGCCAGAGAGCACUUCAUCUUGAGAAUUUUGCUGAGAAAGGGAAAAAGAAAGAGAGCGCAGAGAAGAUAGACGGUUCCAAGUCGUGACGAAUGGAGUAUUGGAGUACCGAAAAUUUCAGGUAAUAACCAGCGAACUGCCAGUCUUUCUACGCGAAACGAAAGCGCGGAUCUACUCGGUUCACGCUUAUUAUCUCGCCAAAAAUCUGGCAGAGGUAACUUUUUACGAUAAUAUAUCUAGGGACCGCAGAGCCCCGCCCACUUCAGUGAUCAAGAAACGUCAUUUUCGUUGCAUUUUGAUUGUUUUUCGAAUUUUAAAACAGUUUCCUUGCACUGAUUUGGGAAAAAAUUGGUCAAUCGACUACUCUUAACAAUCCUACGUAAAAGAGAAUACUGAGAAAUAAGAAAUAAAAAUGUUUGACGACAGUUUAAAACGAAUUUCUGGCCGAAAAUGGAUAAAUAUCCCGUUUUUCCUUGAAAUUUUCUGGAAACCUUUUUUUUCAUUUCUGGAUACCAUGAAGGACAUAUUCUGACAAAAAAUAAAAAAGUUGAAAAAGGAAAUUUUCUAAACUCCUUAUUUUCGAAAUGCGCGACUGAUUAUAUUUUUAAACAGUUUUUUGCAGUUUUUGUGUAUUUUAAAAAUAAAAAACUGAGUUUUUUUAUCGACUAUAUAGUUUAUACGAAAGCUCAAAAUUUUCAUUUUUCUUCGGUAACGCUUUGAAAACGGCCCAAAACGUUCUGGGAAAAUAUGUUAUACAUCUUAAUCGUCAAAUGGUCGCAUUUGGAAUGACCGCGGAUUCUCCAAAAAAUUUACUCAAAAAGCGAAAAAAAGUUUUCCGGUUAUUAAAUCUUCACUUUGAUCACCUUAUUGUUUCAUAGAAUCUAUGAAAUUGAUAUUUUGCUUUUAAAAAUGCUCAAUUGUAGAUAUUUCAACAAAAAACUUUUAUCCUGGAAUAAUAAAGUUUUCCGAUUUGCUUCCCACUACUUUUGCGCAAAACUCGUUGAUUGGUCGGGUGAGGGUCACUUUGAAGUUUAAUCCAUUCCCAAUGCGACCCUGAACUUGCUUUUUUUUAAAAAAUGCUUUCAGAUUCCUCAGUACACGGCCCUGCCAAUGAUAUACGCUACAUUGGUUUAUUGGAUGACCGGUUUCGAAUCUGACGCUUUCAAAUUUCUAAUUUUCGUCCUUGUCUGCAUUCAGCUCACUUGGAUCGCCGUGUCUCUUGGUUAGAAAGAAGGAUGAUUCGAAGAGAUGCCAGAGAAGUAGAGACUCUCUGUUUCUCUGACGUCUCUUCAGGCCCCUCUGUUCUGUUCCCAGGAUUUUUUUCAGCUUACGUUGGCGCCUGUAUCUUCUUCGAUGAAGGUUUGGUGGUGACUUAUAUGCCGAUGUUCGUCCUCCCCAUGCUCGUUUUUGGAGGUAAGAAAAUUUGAGAGCCGCGUUUAAAAUGAAUGACUUAUUCUGAUUUUCAAGAAGCGACGCAACCGCGUCACGUGACUUUUUUUGAUGCUAGAUUUUUUUAAAGCUUUUAUUCUAAUUUUUGUGAAUUUUUGAAAUUUUUCCGAAAAGUAGCAGAAAAAAAGGAGAAAAAUAUUCAAUAAAAUUUGAGUAAUCUGAGUUUUUAAAGAUUCUCACAGUAAAUCUGCUUGAUUUUCAAUUUUUUUUUAAAUUCCAAGUACGAAAAAUGACGAGAAAUCGUGGGAAAUGAAAAAAAUGAACUUUUGUAAGCCGCGACGCGACCGCGUCGCUUGAUCCAUUCCCAGUAACAAUCAAUUUCUCAUCGUUAGUUUUCUAUUAUUUUUUGAUGACACGAAUCAGCUCAUAUCAAAAUUUCGAAUAUUUCAAGCUUUAGAUGUUUCCAAAAAAAUUAAGUUUCAAAUUGAAUAUUCAAUAAAAAAGCAUUCAGGCUUCUACAUUAAUGCGAAAUCGAUUCCCUCCUACUUUCAAGCGAUUUCCAACCUUUCUUGGUUCAAACACGGUUUCGAAGCGCUCGAAGUCAAUCAAUGGGGAGACGUGAGUAGUUUUGAAACAAAAAAAGUUGAAGGAAAUUAAUUAUUUCAGUACGAGAAUAUUAAUUGUGGCGGCAGUGGCUCAAAAUUGCUCUAUUGUCCGGCGAAAACUGGCGAUGGUGAGGUUCUUUUAUUUUUGAGACCUGGAUGAAGUGAAAAGCGAUGAUUUGAAAAGCUUCCUAUGAAGAGUGUUUAGUUUACAAUUUCGACAAAAGAAAAGUUUACGAGUUUGGAUCCUUCAAAAUUUGGAAACUACAAGAGUAUACGUAAAAUCGUUACUUGAAAUUUGUAGGGCAGAAAUUGAAAAGUUCGUUGAAAAACGACUUCGUGAAGACAUUGAAAAUUCUCCUUCUUGAAUCAGGAAGUAUUAAAGUAAAAAAAAUUCAAACAAGCAGCUGAAAAAGUUUUUUUCUGUGAAAAUGGGGAUCGGUAAAGAAAUAAAUCAAAAAAACUUGCGGAAAAACUUUUUUUAUGAAAUUUCGAACUUUCUCAGAGCUUCUUCAAAGUUUUUUUCAAUGUUCUCAUUAUUCUCGAAAGAGCUGAAAAAUCGGAAAGGUGGAUAAUGCCCGCUAAAAGGAAGAGGCUCAAAAAAGGCUGCAAAAAGACAGCAAAAAGGUCCCUCAAUCGAGCCUGCUAUUUUUUCUGGGGUUUAAAGUCUCAAGAAAUGGUAGAAAAAGGGAAAGGCAGCAAAAAUGGUGAUAAAGGCCGAUUAAAUGGCGCGAAAAGGCAGCAAAAAAGGAGCCUCUGUCACCCUAAAAGGAAAAUUUCUAUGCAGCCUUUUCCCAACCAUUCCGACUUUGUCUAUGCUUUAUUAUUUUCUUUCAGAAGUUCUUGACCGCCGAAGUAUCGACACGACGGUUUGGCUCAACAUCGGGAUAAUGGCCUUUUCAUUUGUCGCUUAUCGCGCCAUCGGACUCGUUGCUCUCCUGAUUCGCGUCCGUUUCACGAAAUGA